ACAUUUAUUAUAAAUGAUAAGGUUUGUGUUUUUCGUUUCAUCCAAUAGUUUUGUGACGCGCUUUGCGAUCAAGUAACGAUUACAAUGGGAUGUACUUGUGUGUCCAGGACGGGUCAGGUGGUGUAACGGACACAGCUGCAGCUGACAUACAAACGCUGGUGGUUUUUGACAUCACGUAGCGAUGGUCAGACCUGUUAUAAUCAGCGAAGGUACUGCUGCAAGUAGAGGCCUCGGAUUUUCCUCCGAUCCGUUGAGAAAUGGCUAUCACAGAUGUUUUGGCUGCCUCUGAUAUCUCAACUGCCAUAAAUGCAUGUAAAGGUAAAGUAUGAAUGACGACCCCGGUGAACGUUGUGUGUUUUUCUUUUAUUCUUUUGUCAGAAUGUUCAUUGUGAAUGUUUCUUUUUUUAAUUUGACUCUUGCAGCAAAGGAUUCUUUCAGCCCAAAGACAUUUUUCGCGACAGUAGGCUUGUCAAAGAAGUCUCCUCCUGAGAUAGAGAAGGUCUUUAAAAUGUUGGACCAGGAUAAGAGUGGGUUCAUUGAACAGGAUGAGCUACAGCUGUUUCUGCAGAACUUCUCUAAGGGGGCUCGUGCGCUAACAGCAGCUGAAACCAAGGCCUUCCUCACGGCUGGAGACAUUGAUGGAGAUGGGAAGAUCGGCUGGGAAGAAUUUUCAGCCCUCGUUAAUGCUUCCUGAAACCAGCCGUGACUGUUGAACAUGGCAAAGAAAAAUGUGAAAAACGAGCUUUGCCACUGGGGUCUUGUCAGUAGUUUUCAAAGCUGGAUUGUUCAGGAUUGUGCUUUGCCUUCUGUGCUUUGCUGUAAUGUUAUUGUAUUAGCUUAGAAAUUAUACCCGAGGAUGGAAUACAAAAUAAAAUGUUUUCAACAAUA